AUGUCUACCUGCCAAUACAAAUCAUUGCACCUCAUUGUUAAAUCGAUAUCCGCUCAUAAUUUUUCUCUAAGCAGAUGGGAUCCAUACUUUGUCCGCUCUCUCACCCGUUUUUCCGACAAGGGUAUCAUCCCUCCACUGUCGCCUGCACAACUUGAAGCGAUCAAAGUGCUUGAGGAGACCUGUCUCAGGCUUGCACUCCACAUAGUUCUUAAUGUCGAAGACAUUCAAUUCUUUUCCAACACCCACUUGUUCCAUGCCCGUACUGAAUACAAGGAUUACCCACUGCCUGCACCUCGUAGACAUUAUAUGCGUCUCUGGCUGGCCGCGCCAGAGAGCGAAGUUGGAUGGACUCUCCGGUUCUGGGAUAGUAAUGAAAAGAAGAGAGGAGGCAUUCAGGUGAAUGGCCAGCCUCCUGUGGCUCCGUUAGAUGCAGAGUAG